CCCAGUUUUUGAGUCUUUUAUCACAUCCUCAUUAACUAUUUUUCUUUCUUCUUUGUGAUCUUGAUAUUCCUUUUGAUCCUUUCGCCAUAGUCAUUAAUCUUCUUCGUUCGAUUGUCUAUUUUUGAAAACCUAGUUCAGAUGUUCAUGCCAAUAAUUCAAUGCUUUUUCUACAUAUUUUUAACGCAAAGGCAUGCCCCAAGCUAGUAAUCUAAUGCAUUCAUUCUUGACAAUCGUCCCACAUUAAUAUUUGAGUAGAACAGAAUUGAAGCUGAGAGAGAAACUAGCAUAUUAUCCACAUUGUUAGGGUAAAAGCAGCAAAAAAGCUUGUAAGUUUUGACAUGGCAGAAGAAGACUCUUCAUUGACGUCUUCUUGCCCAUAUAGAUUACAUCAGAAUCAGAAAGACUCCGAGAUAAUAUCUUUUCAUGACCUUGCAUGAAGAAGGUUUGUUGGCCUUACUUUGAUCCUGAGUUUGAUACUCUCCCAGAAAGGAUAAAUGGUCCCACUUGCAGAGUCACCAUCGACAAUGAGAACACAGAGGAUUGUACCGUAGUAAAGGUGGAUAGCGUAAACAAGCAGGGUCUCCUUCUAGAAGUGGUGCAAGUUUUAACGGACAUGAACCUUCAAAUCUGCAAAAGCUAUAUUUCAUCUGAUGCUGGCUGGUUUAUGGAUGUGUUUCAUGUUAUAGAUGAACAUGGCAACAAACUAACGGACCAGAAAGUCAUUAACUAUAUCCAGCAGGCCAUAGGAAGGUCAAGAGGGUCUCCACAUUCCAUAAAGGCCUAUUCCAGCAAGGUUUUCCCUAACUAUCUUCAUCCAAACGAGCACACCGCCAUCGAGAUGACCGGGGCCGACCACCCCGGUCUCUUCUCCGAGAUCUCUGCCGCCCUCGCCGACCUCCAUUGUAACAUCGACGAGGCUCACGCUUGGACCCACAAUGCCAGAUUAGCUUGCGUCGCCUACAUCACAGACCAAUCCACACAUUCCCCGAUCGAAGACCCUUGCCGCCUCGCCUACAUCGAAGAUCGCCUCACCACUGUCCUCCGCGCCACCACCAACCCUAAUAGUCCGAGAGGCAACCAGCAAGAGGUGAAGAUGGUGGAACUCCACGGCCGAGAAGGCACCAUGACCACCGUGGAGCGGAGGCUGCACCAGCUCAUGCUUUCCGUUAGGGAUUUCGAAGCGCCUUCAGGUCCAACGACGGCAGAGAUGCCGAGCGGUGGGGAAGAGAUGAGAAGGAAAAGAAUGGUGAGAAUUGAAAGCUGCAAGCAAAAGGGGUAUUCUAUAGUAAGUAUAGAGUGUAAAGAUCGACCCAGGCUCAUGUUUGAUGCUGUCUGCACUCUCACCGACAUGCAGUACGUCAUUUUCCACGCUUCUAUCAGCGCCCAUAGAGGUUAUGCCUUUCAGGAGUAUUUCAUUCGGCAUAUAGACGGGUAUGCUUUGAGUACAGAAAGCGAGAAGGAAAGAGUGGCCAAAUGCUUGGAGGCAGCAAUAGAACGCCGUGUUUGUGAGGGAGUUCGGGUGGAGUUGCGCGCAGAGAACAGAGUUGGGAUGCUAUCGGACAUAACGAGGAUGCUGAGAGAGAAUGGGUUAGCUGUGGUUAGAGCGGACGUAGAGACGCAUGGAGAGAAGUCUGUGAAUGCUUUUUAUGUGAGAGAUGUAUCUGGGAAUUAUGAAGUGGACAUUGAUUACUUCGUUCAGUCUGUCAAGAGGGAGAUGGGUCCUACCGUGCUUCACAUCAACCAUAACAUUCGUACUGCUGACGAUGCCAACACCACCCCCAUCUCCUUCGGACACAAGCUCAGAUCUCACAUUGAUCGUCUUUCUCAUGCCUUACUCAUCUUAUCAGCUCAUGACUAGCAGCUACGCAUCUUCUCGAUCUUCUUUGCUUCAAUUGUAUUAUUCCUUUGUAAAUAAUAUACCAACUUUAUACGUUUCUGUCUCUA